AUGAAACGCCUAGUGAUCCUGCUGGUUCUGCUCGUCCUCUUGGGCGGCGGCGGCUUUGCCGCCUGGACCUACGGCAUGCCGAUCUACGAGAAGAUGCAGGCGGAAAAGGCGGCGCAGAAGCCCGAACCAGUCUACGUCAGUCUGACCCCCCUCGUGGUGCCGGUCAUCGAGAACAACCGCGUCACCCACCAUCUGACCCUGGCCAUCUCGGUCGAGGUCGCGGGGGCGAGCGGCGAUGCCAAGCUGCGUGAGGCCAUGCCGCGCGUGAUCGAUGCCUUCACGACGGAACUCUACGGGCUGAUGUCCCUGGAGUUCGUUCGGGAGGGCGGCGUGGAGCUGCCGUUGGUCAAGCAGCGGCUGAUUCUGGUUGGCGAACGCGAACUGGGUCCAGAGGUGGUUACCGAUGUUCUGAUCGAGGCGGUCGACCGGAUCAAAGGGCAGCGCGAUUUACAGAGCUGA